AUGUCUUCAAAAGAGCCAAGGAUUAACAUCUCAACCUCAACAAACACAUCUCAACCCGAUGUUGAAGUCAUUCUUGAAACGCAACCUCAACAAACUCAAUCUCAACCCGUUGGGACAUCAUCCCGAAAGAAACGUUCCCAUAAAAAGAAAGCUCCGGAUGAGCCUCGUGAGAGACCAAAUCAACAACCUUGGAGUGUCGAUGAGAAGAUUGCGUUGGCCCGUGCAUGGCUAGAGGUCACCGAAGAUCCCGCAACGGCUAAUUUUCAAAAGGAGAAAGUGUAUUGGAAAAAGAUUAGGCAAACUUUCCACACCAUCAUGGGUAGAGAGCCAUACCGUGACGCAGAUUCGCUCAGUGGGAAGUUUUGGAAGAUGAAAACGGCUAUUCAAGGAUUUCAUAGUGUGUACACUCGGCUAAGCCAUAAUAGUGGGGAAAACGACGCGGAUAAACAAAGUCGUGCAUUGCAGGAGUAUGGUAAUUUUAGCUUUCUUAGGGAGUGGGAGUUGCUUAGGUAUAGUUCGAAGUUUAAUGUGAUUCUUACUUGGGAUCCUAAGACUACCCGUGGUGAGCCGAGCUCAAAAAGAUCGAAGACGACGUUGGGUUCAGAGGGUGCACAGAAUGUGGGGUCAGAGGCGAGGAUUCACAUUGAUCUUAAUGAGGCGGGGGGAGAGGGUGACACUAGAGAGACUCGUUAUAUACGCCUGAUUGGUAGAGAUGCGGUCAAAAGGGCCGCCAGGACCGGUUCUUUGAGUUCAUCGGGUAUGGCUGCAACUUUGAAAGACUUUGAGAGGUUGGGGGAUAGGUUGGAGGGGUUGAUGGAAAUUGGCACGCAAAGGUUGAAUAUGAACAGACAACGAAUGGAGCUCGAGAAGAAGAGGAUGGAGAUCGAGGAAGAUAGGUCGCUUCAAAGAGAUAUUCAUACGUUGGCUAUUGACACAUCCCGGGUCUUAGAAGCCGAUAGAGUCGCUAUCGAGGCAUUGAAGGCAAAGAUCCACGCAAAACAUGUUUAA